AUGGGAAGAUGGACGGUAUGUGUCAUAGCAAGUCUUGUUUUUCUUGCAACUGUUUUGACUGGCUCCCGUGCUGAACGAGGGAAUCACUGCCUUGCCAAAGCAGCAUCAUCCUGCUCUGUGUGCAUCCAGGCAGGACAGGGCUGCAGCUACUGUGCAGAUGCGGGUUUUGAUAAAUCACGAUGUGACCUUGAGGAAAACCUGUUAGCUCAUGGCUGCAAGGAGUUGAUGACUGUUUCAGGCUCAAUGUCUGUUGUGGAGAAUUCACGAAUAGACACAAGCAUCAGUAAGUCCCAAGUGGCUCCUCAGAGGAUCCAGAUGAGUUUGCUCCCGGGUGAAGUGAGGGAAGUGGAAAUGGAAGUGUUUGAGCCACUGAAGGGUCCCCUGGACCUGUACAUUCUCAUGGACUUCUCCAACUCUAUGAGCGAUGAUUUGGCCAACCUGAAGAAGAUGGGGGCACAGCUAGCUAAACUGGUGAAAAAACUCUCUGAUGACUACACUAUUGGUUUUGGCAAAUUUGUUGACAAAGUCACUGCGCCUCAAACUGACAUGAGACCAUCCAAACUAGCACAGCCAUGGCCCGACAGUGACCCCCCCUUUUCCUUCCGCAAUGCCAUCCGUCUGACCAACAACGUCGAUGUUUUCAAUGAUGAGUUGCAGAAGGAGCGCAUCUCGGGCAAUCUGGAUGCCCCCGAAGGAGGGUUUGAUGCUAUCUUACAAGCUGCAGUCUGUAAGGACCAGAUCGGGUGGAGAAAAGACAGCACCCACCUUCUUGUCUUCUCCACGGAGUCAGCUUUCCAUUAUGAAGCAGACGGCGCCAACGUCUUGGCUGGUAUCCUGCCACGGAAUGACGAAGCAUGCCAUCUAGAUGUGAAUGGUUCUUACACUCAUGCAACCAAACAGGAUUAUCCCUCUGUGCCCACACUGGUGCGCCUCCUGGUGGAUCACAGCAUCAUCCCCGUCUUCGCCGUAACCAACCACUCCUACACCUACUAUUAUAAAUUGCAUGAAUACUUCCCUCUUGCUUCUGUGGGAGAGCUUCAGGAGGAUUCCUCAAACAUUCUGGAAAUUUUGGAGAAAGCUUUUCUGAGUAUCCGCUCAAAGAUUAGCAUUCGUGCUGAAGAUAAACCAAAGGCUGUGGAUGCUCAGAUCUUGUCCUAUGCUGGCGCAGAUGCAAAAAAGGGCCAAUUUGAUUUCAAGCCUGGUCAAAUUGGCAAGUUUAAAGUGCGAGUGGAGGCCAACAGCAAUGUUGGUGAAAGUCAUGUAUGUGACAUCAGUGAGGGGGACAGAAGAGGCACCAUCCGUGUCAAACCCACAACCUUCAGCUCUGCACUCAGGAUCCAAGCUGAUGUGCUCUGCAAAACCUGUGAAUGUGAGAAGUCAGCCGCCAAGAACUCCCCUUUGUGUCAUGGAACUGGAGACCUUGUGUGUGGGAAAUGCCAGUGUCACACUGGAUGGGUGGGACCAACCUGUAACUGUUCCAUGAGUGACUCAGGAGACAGCAGUAGCUGUAAGGGACCUGACAUGAAAGAGCCCUGCUCUGGACGUGGAGACUGCCUGUGUGGAAUGUGUGUGUGCCAUAACCCAAAUCAUGAAGGCCCUUUCUGCGAGUAUGACAAGACCCAGUGUCCGCGCUUUGGUGGAUUUCUCUGCAACGACCGUGGCACAUGUUCGAUGGGAAAGUGUCAGUGUCUCCCUGGCUGGACAGGGUCAUCCUGUGAGUGCACCACCAGUGAACAGCCCUGUGUAGACAGUAAAGGGGGCGUCUGUAACGGACGGGGGACAUGUAAGUGUGGUCGCUGUGAAUGUGAAAACACGGGCCUCCCGCUGAGUGCUACUUGCGAGGCCAGUUUCCAGGCUCAGCUGGGAAUGUGCGAGGACAGACGGAGCUGUGUCCAGUGCAAAGCCUGGAACACCGGAGAGAACAAAGGAAAAAAAUGUGACGCAUGCCAAUUCAACGUCACCUUAGUAGAUGAACUCAAAAACUCCGUGGUACAGAGUUGCAGUUUUAGAGAUGAAGAUGAUGACUGCACAUACCACUACACGGUAGACUACCCCUUAAAUGCCAACGAUUCUGUAUUCGAGGUUGAAGUGCUAAAGAAGAGAGACUGUCCCCCUGGCAGUUUUCUUUGGCUCAUCCCACUCAUCAUGUUCCUAAUGCUGUUGCUGGGUUUGUUGCUCCUCUGCUGCUGGAAGUAUUGCAAAGGCUGCGCGUGGUGUCUGGGGCUGCUGCCUUGCUGUGCUCGAGGCCGUAAAGUGGGAUUCAAGGAGGAGGAGUAUAUGUUGCGCCAUUCUUUGUUGACCUCGGAUCAUCUGGACACCCCGCUAAUACGCACUGGCCCCCCCAAAGACACGGAUGUGGUCCGCUGGAAGAUCACAGACAAUGUGCAUCGCAGCAUCACCCACCCUCAGGUUCAGAUGAAACCUAAUCCCAAAGAGCUCAUCCAAUUCCCCCUGUCUCUGCGUUUGAAUCGAAUGUUCUCAGAUAGCUUGUCUCGUCCAGAAGCUAGGGACACUGAACUUCUGCGUCAGGAAGUGGAGGACAACCUCAAUAACAUUUACAAGCAGAUACCUGGCACACAGAAAGUACAGAAGACUAAAUUCAGGACACAAAGAAAUGCUGGAAAGAGGAAGGACAACGCUAUUGUCGACACAGUUUUGUCAGCACCUCGUGGCUGCUAUACUGACAUUGUCAAACUGACUGAGAAGCAUGUUCAGAAUGGGAGCUUCAGUAAUCUCAAAGUCGUGCCUGGUUACUACACUGUGGCCACGGACAGAGAGGCCACAGGGCUUGUGGAGAUGCAGAAGGAUGUGGAGCUGGUGGAUGUUCGUGUACCUCUCUUUGUCAAAGAUGAGGAUGAUGACAAGAAGCAGCUGCAGGUGGAGGCUUUGGAUGUACCUGUUGGCAUUGCUGAACUCGGCCGCCGCUUUGUCAAUAUUACCAUCAUCAAGGAUCACGCCAAGAGUAUCUUGACCUUCCUGCAGCCUUCAUACACCUACAGUCGACAGGAACGGGUGGCUAACAUUCCCAUCAGUCGGGAAAUCCUUGAGGAUGGUCCAACACAAGUCUCCUAUCGCACUCGUGAUCUCACUGCCAAGGAUAAAAAGGACUAUAUAUCAAAGGAAGGGGACCUGAUGUUCCAGCCUGGAGAGACUGAAAAGACCGUGGCUGUGCAGCUGUUGGAGCUCGGGGAAGGAGACGGCCUUCUGGAAGACAACCAGGUCAAGCAGUUUGUCAUGGACCUCAGCAACCCACGACAGGGAGCCAAACUUGGACGAUAUCCACGCACCACUGUUACUAUCAGUGAUCAGCAAGAGCCCAGUGUUGUGAUGUUCAAGAAGAGCACUCAGACCUUCAACACAGCUGACCCGGUCUACACCAUCCCGGUGGUCCGCAUGCGAAACACGGAGGGCCCCUCUACUGUGCACUGGCGUACCAACAAGGCCUCCCGUUUUGAAAUCUCCAAACCACUUAAAUUCAGCCCUGGCGAGUCAGAAAAGAACAUUGUCAUCGAGCCUCAGACCUAUCCAGGGCCUGUCAAACCUGAGAGCUUCCAACUGGAGCUUUUUGACCCAAGCUCCAACUCUCUGAUGGGAGAGAGGAGGACUACCUUGGUUAAUGUCAUACAGCCUGAUAACAAAGAUUGGGAUGUCCCAGUGUCUAUGGGCUUCGUCAAACAGUCAGCAACGUCACCUGGUGGACGCCUUCCUUCUCCUGACAACAUCAAAGCCACAGCCACUGGCCCCAAGAGCAUUCGCGUGAACUGGACACCCAUAAGUAGUGCACUGGGCUAUAAGGUGAAGUACUGGAUUUAUGGAGACCCCGAAGAGGAUGCUCAGAUAGCUAAUGUGAAGAAUCCGCAGGCAGAGCUGACCAACCUGUACCCUUACUGCGAUUAUGAGAUGCGUGUUUGUGCAUACAAUGCCAUUACAGAUGGACACUACAGUGACAUAGUGCCAUGUCAGACAUUGGAAGAUGUGCCAAGUGAGCCUGGUCGCCUGGCUUUCAAUGUCAUCAGCCCCACUGUCACUCAACUUAGCUGGGCGGAGCCUGCGGAGCCGAAUGGCGUCAUCACAUCAUAUGAGGUCAUCUACACACCUAUUGAUGAGGACAGCAAGCCAAUAGGUGCUUCUAAAAAGGUGAAGAUUGACAACCCUAAGAAACGCAUGCUGCUCAUUGAGAACCUGCAGCCAUCUCAGACAUACUGCUACAAAGUGCGCGCUCGCAACAAAGUGGGUUGGGGUCCAUUCAGAGAUGCCACCAUCAACCUUGCAACACAGCCUAAUAGACCUAUGUCCAUUCCCAUCAUUCCUGAUAUUCCCAUUGUGGAUGCAGAGGCUGGAGAGGAGUAUGACAGCUACCUUAUGUACAGUAAUGAGGUCCUGCGCUCGCCUGGUGGCAGUAAGAGACCCAGCAUGUCUGACGAAGACCAGAUCAUUAAUGGCAAAUGGGACCAGAAUUUCCUGUUUCCUGGUGGAGGGGGAUCAUUGACGCGCAACAUGAGUGCAUCAUCCUCCAACUACAGUUUGCGCUCACCUACUGGGGGUACCCUGGAGAGCACCACAACCUAUAUGUUUUCAAAAGGCUCCCCACGCCUACAGGAGGAAGUCAUCAUGAGGAAACGCUCUGAGAACAGGGCUUUAUAUGAACACGAUGGUGUGAGAGACUCAAUUGUUAUGGGCGACAUGCCAAGUGGAUUCGCUGACGGCCUGAGUGGCUAUAGCUACAGCAAGAGUAUGGCCAGCUACAGUGUGACCUCCAGGGCACGCACACAGUCGGAAGAUGUAAACGACGCUCUGAUGAACCUUGACAGGGUGCUUCAGGAAACACGAAUGACCCCUGGGGUGCCCGACACACCCACACGUCUGGUGUUCUCUGCACUGGGACCCACAGCUCUGAAGGUGAGCUGGCAGGAGCCACACUGCGAGAGAGAGGUCCUGGGCUACUGUGUGCUGUACCAGCUACUCAAUGGUGGUGAGAUGAAACGGAUUGAUGUUACCAACCCAGGACAGAAUUCAGUGAUUGUACAGGACCUCCUUCCUAAUCACUCUUAUAUCUUCAAAGUGAAAGCCCAAAGCCAGGAGGGCUGGGGCCCAGAGAGAGAAGGCGUCAUCACCAUCGAGUCUGCCGUAGAUCCCAAGAGUCCCCUCAGCCCUGUGCCAGGAUCUCCAUUCACCCUGAGUACACCCAGUGCCCCAGGGCCAUUGAUCUUCACUGCCCUGAGCCCAGAGGCCUUGCAGCUGAGCUGGGAAAAACCACGUAAACCCAAUGGAGAAAUUCUGGGCUACGUGGUAACCUGUGAACAACUACAUGGAGGAGGAGAUGUCCGCACCUUCCAGGUCAGUGGGGCUAACGCAGAAACGAGUUUGACAGUGAAUGACUUAACGGAGAACAUACCCUACAAGUUCAAAGUUCAAGCCCAGACAACUCAAGGCUUUGGGCCGGAGAGAGAAGGCAUCAUUACCAUUGAGUCUCAGGAUGGAGGAUCCAUGUCUUCAUCCAUGUACAACAACCAAUCCAUGAUAACAAGAAGAGAGGUUUUUAACAUGCCAGGAGAGGUCAGCACAGUCACCAAUGUCAGCCACAGUAUGUUCAAUGAACCCUUUUUCUCAGACGGGAUGAUGAUAAGCACGCAGACCUCUCAGUCCAGCGGCACUAUCACUCGACAGAUGGAGAUGGUACAGAGAGGUGUGGUCUCCAGCACCAGUGUUACUAAGAAGAUAGAGAAGCAAUACUACCAAGCCUGA